AUGGCGAACAACACCAUUACUUUGCCGUCAUACACCUUGACCCCACGACCGACUUUGAUUCCUGGCGUCUCAGAUCCCCUCCUCCAGCUCCUCGCUCCAGUUGUCGCCUACUGGGUCUUCUCUCUUUUCUUCCAUGUCCUCGAUACAUAUGACUGGUGUACUGAGUAUCGACUACAUACUCCAGCCGAAUUACUGAAACGGAACCAUGUAACACGUUACGAAGUGGUACGAGAUGUUGUUGUCCAACAGAUUAUUCAAACUGCUUUCGGAUUGUUUCUCGCCCAUUUCGAUCCGGUUGAGACAGUAGGUAGGGAGGACUAUGAUGUUGCAGUCUGGGCCCAAAGGCUACGCCUUGCCCAAUCCUACAUUCCCUCCGCCCUCGCCCUUCUUGGAGUUGACGCAUUGGCUCUAUCAAACAAGGUCGCGGAAUAUCCACAGUUUGCUAGCGUAUUGGCUGGAGGUAUUUAUCCAACACCUACGGCUGCUGCUCCAUGGGAAUCCUUUGUGGCCAAGGCAAUCUAUUGGGUUGCCAUUCCUUUUGUCCAAUUCUUUGUAGCCAUCCUUCUCGUUGACACAUGGCAAUACUUUCUUCAUCGUGCAAUGCACAUGAACAAAUUCCUGUACACAACCCUCCACUCGCGCCACCACCGGCUUUACGUCCCAUAUGCCUUUGGAGCCCUCUACAAUCAUCCUGUGGAAGGAUUCAUGCUGGACACCUUUGGCACCGGUCUUGCAUAUCUUCUGACGGGAAUGACAGUCAGGCAAGGAAUGUGGUUCUUUACAUGUUCUACCAUCAAGACUGUUGAUGAUCAUUGUGGCUAUGCUUUCCCAUGGGAUCCAGUUCAGCACAUUACCUCGAACAAUGCUGCUUACCACGAUAUUCAUCACCAGAGCUGGGGUAUCAAGACCAAUUUCUCACAGCCUUUCUUUACAUUCUGGGACAAAUUCCUGAACACAGCAUGGACGGGGGGUGAUGUUUCUUCUCGCUACCAACGCGACAGGAUAUCCGCACAAAAGAAGGUCGAUGCGGGAACUACUCCCCAGCAACCCUCGGUAGUCAACUCUCCAGAGAUCGAUGUCGACAAAGCAAAACAGCAGGCCUUGUCAAGUCAGAGGCAGGUCCUUGAUGAUAGCGUUAAUGGAGGUGUCAGAAUCUUGGAAGAAGAAGCUCGAGAGGAACAAAGCGUCAAGACCAGCACGAGACGCAGCACGAGAAGGAGAACUAGUGGCUUUGAUCCGAAAGCACUAUCUGACCGCGUUGCAGGAAGCCUGCAUGGCAGAAGUCAUGCAAUUUUGCAUGCUGAUGGAGCACACUAA